AUGCUGGCGCCUGUAGUGGCGGUUGUGGUGCUCAUCGGCGCGGCGCCGACAUCAGCUCAGGUCCCGCACAUCGUCGGCGGCACCAACGUGUCGAUCGAACUCUUGCCGUGGCAGGUGUCCGUCCAGAUAGGAGGCAAACACUUCUGUGGUGGUUCCAUCAUCAGCAAGUCCUGGGUUCUCACUGCGGCCCACUGCAUCCGUAUGUAUUUCAGUUACCGGAUUCGCGCCGGCACCGCCAACUUGAGAACAGGCAGGCUAUACGACGUCAUACAGAAAAAGAUACACGAGAGAUACAACACGGUGGCGUUCGACUGCGACGUGGCGAUCUUGAAAAUACGGGGAGAGUUUCGGCUGGGAAAGAAGGUCAAGAUAGUGCCUCUGGCGACCUCCCGUCCGCAGGCGGGUGCUUCAGUGAUGGUGUCUGGGUGGGGGGCGAUGGUGGAGGGGGGCAACACGACCAACUUCCUGCGCGCCACCGUUGUGCAGGUGGUCUCCCUGAGCGAGUGCCGGAGCUGCUACUUCAGCGAGGCGCUGACGGGAAACAUGGUGUGCGCCGCCGUGCCCGCUGGCGGCAAGGACGCGUGCCAGGGCGACAGCGGCGGCCCCCUCGUCCACGGCAAGAAACUCGUCGGAGUCGUCUCCUUCGGCAAGGGCUGCGCGAGACCCUACUAUCCGGGCGUCUAUGCGGACGUGGUUUCGCUACGCAGCUGGAUCACCAAAAACACCGGCAUCAAAUAA